UAGAAUUGACAAAAGUUUCUCGAACUCAAGCUGUAAAUUAUAAAAUUAUAGUACAAUUUUGAAGAAUUCCACGAAAACAAACAACUUGUAAUAAAUUCUUUUGUGAUUAGUGUAGGAUGGCUGGUGAUGUGCCUUCUCAAAAAGAUGUGGAAGUUCAAGAGAAUUUACCUGUGGGUCCAAUUCCAGGAGUGAAAUAUCCUAUUGAAGUUAUUUACUGUGGAGAAUGUUCCAUGCCUUUAGAAUACUGUGAAUUUUAUCCUAAUUAUGAAAAAUGUAAAGAGUGGUUGCAAAAAAACUUACCAGAUAUUUUUGAGCAGAAGAUGAAAUUGGAAGCCGAACCUGCACAAGGGGAAGAAGAGAAAAAAAGACAAAAAAGAGGUGGCAAAGGCAUGAUGAAAGCAAAGAAAAAAGCAGAAAAGGAGAAGAAAAUAUGCUUAUCAAGAGCACCUCGUGGAAAGAAAAAAUUUGUAACAGUUAUUACUGGCCUUAAAACUUUUGAUAUAGAUUUAAAAGAUGCAGCUAAGUUCUUUUCUCAUAAAUUUUCAUGUGGGUCAUCGGUUACGGGUGAUGAUGAAAUUGUUAUACAAGGCGACGUGAAAGAUGAGUUGUUUGAUAUUAUUACUGAACAAUGGCCUGAGAUUGAUGAAGACUUCAUUGAUAUGCUUGCCGACCAGUCUCGGUGAUUGAUACUCUAGACCUAAAAUUAUGCAAUUUUCAAUUUUUAUGUAAAAUAUUUGUAAAAUAAAAUUUACUGAAUGGUUUCUUAAAA